CAAAAUAUUUUUCUAAUGGAGAUACGUCCUUUGUCAGAUGCUCUUCGUAAGAGAGCGAGAGAAGAGAUUAAUGAGAAUCCAGAAACACUAGUUUCGAAUUUCAAUGAACUGAGAGAGUGGCUAAACGAACACCCCCAACUAAAAUCAGAAAUAAUCUCUGACCAAUGGUUGGUCGCUUUCCUUCGCGGUAGUAAGCAUAAUUUGGAAAAAUGCAAAUCAAAAAUAGAACGGUACUACAAUUUGAGCACUGCUGCACCAGAACUUUAUGCAAACAGAGAUCCUUUGGAUCCGCAAAUACAGGAAUUGUUAAAAUUAGGUUUGUUUCUGCCGCUGAAGAAAUGCGCAAGUGAAGAUUCACCUCGAAUAGUGUUAGUGCGAAUGGGUGAGCUAAAUAAAGUGCACGGAAGGUUGUCUGAUCUUUGUAAAAUCGGAUUUAUGAUAGCUGAGAUACUGUUACUCGAAGAUGAUAAUUUUACUAUAAGUGGCGAGGAACUUGUCUCCGACCUAAAGGAUACGGGCUUCGGUUUGAUAAGACAAUGGACACCCGCAUACGCCAGAAAGCUAUUUAUGUGUUUUGAAAAUGCGCUAACUAUCCGUAUGACCAGAAUUAACGUGCUAAACGCUCCUAUUGGAAUGAGAACAGCAGUCGCAAUUUUCAAAUUAUUUUUAAAGGAAAAAUUGAAGAAAAGGAUAUACAUAUACAACGAGGACUAUGAAGAGAUGUUUAAAUACAUACCGAAAUCAUUGCUGCCUAAAGAAUACGGAGGCACUGAAGGUACCUUACAAGAUUUGACAGAUCAUUGGAAGAACAAAGUGGAAAGUUACCGGUCUUGGUAUUUGCGAGAGAAUCUAAAAGAUUGAUGAGAUAGAACAUACAAAGCCAUCUUCAGAAAACCUAUCGUUUGAAAUCUUUCCUGAAUACUUAUUGAAAUUUUGUGGUGAUAAAUAAAGUGAAGAAAUAACAA